AUCUCCCUCCCCGCGUAUCCCCCCCCCAGGUCCCCAGGCCCGAGCUGCGGCCGCCGCGGGAGUCAUGGAGAUGACACCGGAGCAGCCGCGCUGGAUGGCUCACCCCGCAGUGCUCAACGCGCAGCACCCCGACUCCCACCACCCGGGCCUGGUGCACAACUACAUGGAGCCGGCCCAGCUGCUGCCCCCCGACGAGGUGGACGUCUUCUUCAACCACCUGGACUCGCAGGGGACCCCGUACUACGCCAACCCGGCCCACGCGCGGGCGCGCGUCUCCUACAGCCCCGCGCACGCCCGCCUGACCGGAGGCCAGAUGUGCCGGUCCCACUUGUUGCACAGCCCCGGGUUGUCCUGGCUGGACGGGGGCAAAGCGGCCCUGUCCGCGGCCGCCGCCGCGCAUCAUCACAACCCCUGGACCGUGAGCCCCUUCUCCAAGGCUCCGCUGCACCCCUCAGCCGCGGGGGGCCCCGGAGGGUCCCUCUCCGUGUACCCCGGGCCCGGGGGUGGCAGCGGGGCAGGCGGCGGGAGCUCCCUGACCCCCACGGCGGCCCACUCCGGCUCCCACCUCUUCGGCUUCCCGCCCACGCCCCCCAAAGAAGUGUCCCCCGAUCCCAGCACCACGGGGACCGCGUCCCCGGCCCCGUCUGCGGCGGGGGGCGGCGCGGCCCGAGGGGAAGACAAGGAGAGCGUCAAGUACCAGGUGUCGCUGCCCGACAGCAUGAAGGUGGAAGGCAGCAGUCCCCUGCGCCCGGGCCUGGCCGUCAUGGGGACCCAGCCCGCCACCCACCACCCCAUCGCCACCUACCCGUCCUACGUCCCCACCGCCGCCGCCGCCGCCGCCGCGCACGACUACAGCAGCGGCCUCUUCCACCCGGGAGGCUUCCUGGGUGGCCCGGCCUCCAGCUUCACCCCGAAGCAGCGCAGCAAGGCUCGCUCCUGCUCAGAAGGCCGGGAGUGUGUCAACUGUGGGGCCACGGCCACCCCCCUCUGGCGACGGGACGGCACGGGUCACUAUCUUUGCAACGCCUGUGGCCUCUACCACAAGAUGAACGGGCAGAACCGGCCGCUGAUCAAGCCCAAGCGCAGACUGUCGGCCGCCAGGAGAGCCGGCACCUGCUGUGCCAAUUGCCAGACGACAACCACCACCUUAUGGCGUCGGAACGCCAACGGGGACCCAGUCUGUAAUGCCUGUGGCCUCUACUACAAGCUCCACAAUGUCAACAGGCCGCUGACCAUGAAGAAGGAGGGAAUCCAGACCCGCAACCGGAAAAUGUCCAACAAGUCUAAGAAGAGCAAGAAGGGGGCGGAGUGCUUCGAGGAGCUGUCCAAGUGCAUGCAAGACAAGUCGUCCCCCUUCAGCGCCGCCACCCUGGCCGGACACAUGGCACCCGUGGGUCACCUCCCGCCCUUCGGUCACUCGGGACACAUCCUGCCCACGCCCACGCCCAUCCACCCCUCCCCCAGCCUGUCCUUCGGCCAUCCGCACCCGUCCAGCAUGGUGACCGCCAUGGGCUAGGGACAGCCCCGUGCCACUGGACGGACAGACAGACACGUGGUGGAGGGCGGGUGACGGCGGACCCAACGCUUAGCUGCCCACCGUCCCCGAGAACUGAUGUCACCGCUGCCAGCCACGCCCGCUGGAGGGCGCGUCACCUCAACCUGGCUGUCACUGUGAAUACCCCCAGCUGGUGUCUCUGCGCCGGCUGGUGGCCGCGUGGGAUGUCCCUCCUCCUGGACAACCGUUGGGAAAGCAAAAAGGGACAACUUGAUGGCGAGACAAGGAGGGUGCGGGGGGACACAGAUCAAGGCAAUCGUUUUUUGCAAGGCAAAAGGAGGAGGCGAAAAAUAAUUUAUUUUGCUCUGGUUUCUAAAAAGGACCCGGGGAGUCGGGGUUGGAGCUGUCCCCAGUUCUGCUGGUUCUUCCUUGGGGACCAACCGCCGCCUGGCCGGUGUGCGUGCCGGGGCUCUUGGGGGCCAGGGGACAGAUCUGCGGGGACCUCAGCCCGCACCCGCUUGUCCUCUGGCUUCUGUCCCGAAACAGCUGGGCCCUCGAGCCGAGGCCGGCCGGGGGUGGGGGGGGGGGGCGCUGUCCCCGACGCUGGCCCGGCCGCCGAGGGCAGGGACAAUCACAGGGCGGUCCCCGUGCACGGAUUCCCAGGCCAGGGCUGGGUCACAGGAAGGAAAAUAACAUUUUCUUGAACAGGGGAAAUGUCUCCCACGUUUGCUCCCCGGGGCUUGCGGGCUGCAGCCGGCCGGUGUGACCGUGUCCCGCUAACUGUCCCCAAGUCACAGCGUGCCCGUCUUUGCCGGGUGAACCCCUGUAAAUACAUCCUUUUUCUGCAAAGCCCCCCCAGCCCGUCCUCCCCUCCCACUCUGAGACAAAAGGAAAAAAAUAUAUAUAUUAAAAAAACAAAAACAACUACAGGAGCUGAACUCGGAACGGAGUGAGUUGUUUUAUUUUGAAAGUCUUUUUUUUUUGGGGGGGGGGUCCAAAUUAUAGGUUGCCAUGGAAACCCCGCUAGGGGAAGGAAUCAAAAGCUACACACGGAGGCUGGAGCUUGGCAUAUUAUUUGGGGGGGCCCAAAGCGCUAGAACGAAAGCUGGGGGGCACCGGGGAGCGGGCUUUGCAGCUCUCGGUUUGCAGGGGUGACAGGCGAGGGGACAGGUUGGCGGGUGCCGGCUGGCCUGGCAGGUGGCAAAGGCAGGAGUUGGGGUGCAGCGUCACAGAUGGAGGGGGGGGGCGUCCCCGGUUCUGGAUGUGCCCUGCCGUGGCUGUCCGGAUCGUCCCCGAGGCACAGCUGUACAUAAACGUGUCCCUCCGUGGUGACAGCGGGGCCGCGGUGGCCGGCACUGCAAGGGGGGAGGGCGGGGACGGUCCCCGCGGCCGGGGACGAGGAUUGUGGUCACGUCCCAAGUGCAAUAGGGUCAGCCGAUCGCUGCGGGCACCACGACAACCAGAAAUAACUUAUUUUGUACUAGUAUCCGCGUCAAAAAAACAAAAAAAAAAACCAAAAAAAGAAAAAGAUGAAGACUCGGCAGUAUUUUCUGGUUCCCUGUUUGAUCUGGGCGAGUUUUAUUGCGCAUUCGCGAACUAAGUUAUUGUUAAUUAUAUGUCGCCAACAUUUCUGUAUCGUCGGUAAAGACUGUGCGCCAUCCUGCCACUGCUUUCAAGUGAAUAAUGUUAAGAGGAAUAAAAUACUUUUUUUGGGAAAA